AUGCAGUUCUCCAUCACCACCAUCCUCGCCUUCGCUGCCACCGCUGCCUUCGCUGCUCCCCUCGAAGAGCGCCAGGUUGGCCUCUGCUCCUCUGGCAACCCCGUCUGCUGCGCAACUGACGUCCUCGACCUCGCUGACUUGGACUGCAGUCCUCCUACCGUCACCCCUGCUGGCGUCAAUGAGUUCAUCGAUACCUGCUCUUCAGUGGGCCAGCAGGCCAAGUGCUGCCUGAUCCCCAUUCUCGGCCAGGCACUUAUCUGCUCUGACGUUAACCCUACUGCCCCUGCCCCUUCUGCUGCUGCUUAA